UUUUAAACAACUUGUAUUUUGUAGUCUGUACUCUGUAUCACAAUGGCUACCUAAUAACUUAACCUUGACCUAUUUUGUAAACUGUGUGUAUAGUUUUAUAAAGUUUAUAUUUGUAAAGAAUCAGCUUUUAACAUAUUCUGAUUAUUGUAAGAUCUUACAGCUUACAUUUCCCCAUAGCGAGGCUUUGUCGCUUCGUUAAAAAAUCGAUAGCAUUAGUACAAACGAAUUAUACAUUCAGUUUGUGUGCGUGGCUUCUUUGGUGUGCGGAAACAAAAAAGCACAAGAGUGAAAUUCUUGUAAUAAAAAUCAAUCGGAGUGGAGUAAGGCGCCCCACAGGCGCCGACCGGGCGCGGGGCCUCUCCCCGCUGCAUACCUAUAUUAUAUACGUCAUAGAGCUCCAAUUGUUCUACCCUCGAAAGUAAUUUAUUGAUUUUUAUAGUGAUCUGAAAACUUGGACAGCUUCAUACUAUCAGGCCGAAUUAAAAGUUUGAUGAACAAUGUAUAACGUUGGAAAUGCCCGGUUACGGCCCGUCUCAUGUUAAGUGUGAGCCGCCUUCAGACGAAGAAGACAACUGUCAGUACGGAAACUAUUACGAAACAGAAAAACCACUAAACAUAGAAUAUGACGGAGAUGUGUCGGCUGAUAUUUUGGAUCAAUUGCAGUUCUCAUCAGAACUGGUGGCGGUGCCAGCGGCGCCGGCUGCGACUCCCGUAUGCGCCGCAUUACCCGCCCCGAGGGAGGCUUCGCUCGCUCUGCUCGAGCCUGUCAAGACCCAUCUGAUGCAGGGUUCGGAGCUGAUGGAAAAACAUAUAUCACUAUCGAGUGCCACGGACAUACUUGACACGUCUGACUUUGCACCUCUUCUUAAUAUUAAGGAUGAACCACUUUCAGAGGGUGAAGGUCAGCAGCUGAGUGGCGAUGAAGCGAGUGAGGGUUCCACUCCGGAGACGAGCGGUCGAGGAGCAGCCAAGAGCUGGUCUCAGCUGGACAUGGAGAGAGCCCUUGACGCGCUCAAGAACCAUCACAUGAGUCUCACCAAGGCCUCCUCGACCUACGGCAUACCUUCGACCACGCUGUGGCAAAGGGCCCAUCGGAUGGGCAUCGACACGCCCAAGAAGGAGGGCUCCUCCAAGUCCUGGACCGACGACGACCUCAAGGCGGCCCUGCACGCGCUCAGGACCGGAGCCAUCUCCGCCAACAAGGCCAGCAAAGCAUACGGUAUACCCAGCAGCACCCUGUACAAGAUAGCUCGACGAGAGGGAAUCCGCUUGGCGGCACCCUUCAACGCGGCGCCCACGUCUUGGCAAAGAGCCGACCUGCAGAGGGCUCUCGACGCCAUCCGUUGUGGCGCUGCCUCCGUGCAGCGGGCCGCUUCUCAUUACGGCAUACCCACUGGCACGUUGUACGGGCGGUGCAAGCGGGAGGGCAUCGAUUUGUCCCGCUCCAACCCCACGCCGUGGUCCGAGGACGCCAUGGGGGAAGCUCUCGAAGCUGUCAGAGUCGGCCAGAUGUCGAUCAACCAAGCGGCCAUCCACUUCAACCUUCCCUACUCUUCACUAUACGGUCGCUUCAAGAGAUGCAAGCAUCAGGUGGCUCAGUCACGUUCGCAGGAACACCGGCAGGACAAAUCCCACGAGAACCUUCCGGAGGAUGUUCAGGAACAGAGCCACCCUCGGGAGUACUUCCCGAGCUUCGGGCCGGAAACGCACUCGAGCGAAGCGACAUCUAUGCAGAACGUGCAGCAACACUACAGCCAAGCGAUGUACUACACUCAGUGCAACGUGACCAGUUGAGGACAUCCUCCCCGAAUCGUGGGGAACAAUGAUGCCGUGGUUUAUGACCGUUUCUAAUCGAAACACAUUCGUUACGGGUCAAGGUAUUAAGUAUUGUUAACUGUGGUUAGUGAAUUAGGUUAGAGUGAUCGUAAGUUAUUUGAUCCGAAGAAGAUCACGUCUGAAACUACCGAGUCUUUGUUUUCAUCGUUUACGCGACUGCCGAGUUAUCGGAAACUAGUUUUCUUUUACUUCCUCAUUUGUACGAUAUCGUAGAUUGCUAAUAUAAAAAAAUAAGCUUUAUAUACUAAGGUAUAGGUGUCCAUUAUCGAAAUACGUAAUUUCUUGUAUUGUGAUACGUAGUUGUAGGCGUGUGUGAAGUUCGUAUCGUAGAUAUGUUUCGUUCGUUGGACGAACGCGCUAAAGUGCGAUAAGAGAUGGCGCUGUUCUUUGUUUUUACUCGCCCACUCGGGUCAAUUCUCUCUUUGGGAGACGAGAAUCUGCUUCUGCUCCUGUGCAUUAUUUUAUCGAGAGCCAUGUCAUCAUGUAUCCUACGAUGAACUUCAAGUUAACUUAAGAUUAGCUAAUUAUUAUAUAACUCUUAAUUAAAUUUUUUUAGAAAUCUUUUAAUUGCUCAUUAAGUGACUAACCAUUGCAGUACUAAAAAUGUUAAUAAAUGAUUUUAAAAUGUCCCAAACGUGUGACUUCUUUGAUCGGAUGCCAUUUCAGAUGUAACAGACGAAUAAAGGGUGUUUGUAAAAAAAAGCCAACAUUUGUACAUAAAAGUCGUUUUAUUUAUCUACAGUUAGGAUAUAAAAUAAAUUACAAUCUUAUUUCUCUUAGGCUGCGACG